UGUAUCAUGACUUCUCAAGAGAGUACUGAAGAAAUUCCUUUUGCAGAUAUAUUUGAUGAAGAUGAAACUGAAAGGAAUUUUUUAUUGUCAAAACCUGUUUGCUUUAUUAUAUUUGGGAAACCAGGAGUGGGCAAGACAACCUUAGCUCAUCACUUAUCACAGACAUGGAAAUGUGUUCGUGUUGAAGCUUUGCCAAUUUUAGAAGAACACAUUAGUCGUGAAACGGAAUCAGGAAUUAUGUUACAAUCCAUGCUGGUCAGCGGUUACAGUAUUCCAGAUGAUAUUGUCAUGAAGCUAAUCCUAGAGAAACUCAACUCCACAGAAGUCUCGCAUUUUGGCUAUGUUAUCACAGAAAUCCCAUCACUUACCCAGGAUCCCAUAACUACUUUGCAGCAAGUAGAAUUACUUAAAAAUUUAAAAAUGAAACCUGACAUCAUAAUCAAUAUUAAGUGCCCUGACUAUGAUAUAUGCCAAAGAACUUCUGGGCAAAGACAGCACAAUAUUACAGGCGAUAUAUACAGUAGAGAGCAGUGGGAUCCUGAAAUCAUUGAAAGCCAUAGGAAAAAGAAGAAAGAGGCCCAAAAGGAAGGAAAAGCUGAAGAGGAAGAAGAAGAAGAAGAGCAAGAAGAAGAAGAGGCAUUUCUUGCUGAAAUGCAGAUGGUAGCUGAACUUCUUCACCAUCUAGUUCAGAGGCCUGAGGAUUAUUUGGAAAAUGUCAAAGAAGUCAUCAAACUUUAUAAGGAAACAGUUCUUCGCACUUUAGAAGACAUAAUGGCUGCACACAGUCCUCAGUAUCUCAUUGAGCUAGAUGGAAAUAGGCCACCAGAGGAGCUCUUCACAGUGAUUAUAGAGCGACUGAAGUACCUGAACCUAAGAAGAGCAGGUGUUUUAACCAAACUUCAGAGUUCAGAAGAAGAAAUAAAUGACGUCAUGGAAACUGAAGACUUGUUCCGUACUCUUGCAUCUUAUAAACUUAUUGCGCCAAGGUAUAGGUGGUACAGAAGCAAAUGGGGGCGGACAUGUCCUGUGACUUUGAAAGAUGGCAACAUUUUUUCAGGAUCAGCAGAUUUUGCUGUAAGCUUUCUAGGGAGAAUGUACUGCCUCUCCUCAGAGGAAACAUUGAAAGCAUUUCUAUUGAACCCACGUCCCUAUCUUCUUCCACCGAUGCCAAUGCCACCGUGCAAAGUGUUUAUAUUAGGACCUCCAAGCUCAGGGAAGACAACACUUUGCAAUCUGGUUGCAGAACAUUACAAAGGAAAGGUAAUUGACUAUAUCAAAGCUGUUCAACCACGUUUUGAUAAAGCCCGUGAAACACUAGCACAAAGACGUAUGGCUGACACAGUUGAAGCAGCUAUUAAAAUAGUGAAAGAAAAGAUUCUUGCACAACUCCAUUCUAAAAAGCAAGCUGAGAAAACAUCCAAAGAAUCUGAAAAACAAAACGGGAAAAAGGAGGCAGAAGCAUUUCAUAAGGAGGUAGACCCAGGCAAAGAAGAAUUACACCCUGUGCCGGAUGAAGACGCAUCCAGUCAGGAAGUCCCUAAAGACAUGUCUACGGAAGACUCUGAUGAAACCAAAACAAAUACGCUUGAUAGUCAAGGUGAUGAAAGAGAAACCAGUGAAAUGAGUUCUCAAGACCUUAGUCAAGAGACAAAGACAGAAUCAGAAGAAGUUUCAACAGAAGACUCACUGCCAGAAAUAAAUGCAAAUCAUCCAGAUGUUGUGGCCAUGUUGGCAGACACUCUAAAAUAUAUAAAGGACAUAAAUUUUGACCAGCCUCAUGAAAAACGUGCUGAGGUCUUAGGUGAAGUCCUCAAAGAGGUCAUAGAAGAAAACAAAGACAGGUUUCCUGGUGCUCCCAAAUAUGGAGGAUGGGUUAUGGACAACUGCCCCAUUGUGAGAGAACUGUGGACAGUCUUCAUUGAGAAAGGAUUUGCACCUGACUUGGUGAUCUGUUUAACAGAUACAGAAAAUGAUGGAAAAUACUUACUUAAUAGAGUAUAUUUAGAAAGGAAGUCUGAAAUUGAUGCCAAGAUUUUAGAAAGGCUAUCAACUGAACUACACAAGAAAAAGGAAGAGGAAGCAGCAGUAAGAAAAGCCAAAGAGGAAGCAUUAAGACUGGAAGAAGAAGAGCAGAAGAUAUUGGACGCUAUAAAUAAGAAAGCAAAAGAAGGUGAGGAGACACCUGAAAAUGAGAAUGAAGAAGAGAUUGAAGGUAAGGAUUCUGAAGAGCGUGAUGAGUCGGAGCAAUUUGAAAUAUCCGAUGAGGCCAGAGGAUCGCUGCUCCCAGAGCUGCCUGAUCGUCUCAGGUCCGUAGAAAGAAAACGUCAAUCAGUCACUGAGCCUAGAGUGGGUACAGCAGAUCAAACAGAAGCUACGAAAGCAUCCGCAGAGGGCAUGGAAACUAAAAGGGCGUCUGAAACAGCUAUACUGCCUGAGUUUCCAGAAGAUGCUUAUCCUGAUGUCCCAGAAAUGGAGCCAUUUAAAGAAAACAUGACUAAUUACAUAGCCGUGUGGAAAUCGCUGGAAGCACUGUUAGCUGAAUCUUCAAUUCCAACUUUAAACUUGGAGAUUGCCAACAGAACACCAAAGGAGCUGUUUCAAAAAAUAAUUGAUACCAUGCAAAAACCUUUCCAGUACAGUGCUUUGGAGUUAACUAUGGAAGACUAUGAUGAAGAAACAGAAGACUUUCAGGCAGAAGCAGAAGGAGAGGAAGAGCUAGAAGAAGAGGAAGAGGAAGAAGAAGAGAAUGAAGAAAAGGCUAAGGAGAAGAAGAGGCACUUGGGAGACACAAAGCACUUCUGUCCAGUGGCUCUCAAAGAAAACUUCAUCCUACAGCCAGGCAGCACAGAGGAAGCAGUGAAAUAUCGCGAGAAGAUCUACUACUUCUCCAGUUCGGAGGCUAGGGAAAAGUUUUUGGAGCAUCCUGAGGAGUAUGUGGCUCACGGCCAACCAUUAAAGGCCCCACCAGUAAGAAUAUGCCUACUGGGUCCCCGAGGCUCCGGCAAAACACUACAUGCAAGAUAUUUGGCCAAAAAAUUUGGCAUUUUCCAUAUUCAAUUUGAUGAGUUUCUUCAAGAAAAAAUGCUACUCAAAACUGAAAGGAAAUUUGGACCUGAAUUUGAGGAGGAUUCUGAAGAGGAACAAGUUACAAAACAAGAACUUGAAGAGCUUGCAAUUCAGGCCAAUGUUAAACUCGAAGAAGAAACCACAAAGAAGCAGCCUCUGGACGUGAAAUUUACAGAAGAAGAAGAAGCAAUCAAAUCAAGUCUGAUGGAAAAUGAACCACUGCCCCCUGAAAUUCUUAAUGUGAUCCUUUCUGAGUGGUGGUUUAAGGAACCAAUACGUUCCACAGGGUUUGUACUAGACGGCUUCCCACGGUAUCUUGAUGAAGCCACGUAUUUAGAGGAGCGUGGAUUUUUCCCAGAUGCUGUAGUUUUCAUACAUGUUGAAGAUCAAGAUAUUUGUGAUCGACUGCUUCCCUUCCAAAUUGCAAAAUGGAAAGCAAAACAAAAGAAAAAAUUAAGCAGGAAAAAACUCAUCAAAGACAUGAAGACAAAAAUCAGGGAUGAUACAAUAGCCAAAAGAAGAGCUGAACUUAUUUCAGAGAAAGAAAAAAGAAAGAAACUGGAAGCUGGCCUUAGAGAAGACGAUGACCUUAGUGAGGAAGAUCUGGACGAUGAUGAAGAGGAUAUUGAAAACAUUCUUGAAGAGGAGUUUCCAAAAGAUGAGGAAGAGACCAGUGAAGAAGAGGAAGAGCAAGAAGCCGACGCUAUUGAUCGCUUGAAAAAUGAACUAGGAGAAAAAUUUGAAACAGAAGCAAAUAAUCUACAAAUGAUCCAGGAUGAAUUUGAGAAGGUUUUAAUACCAAUCAUUACUGUUAAUGGAGCUCGGAAAAUCCACAUUGUACAAUACAUAUUAAACAUGAGGCUGAAGUCCCUGGUGGAGAACCGGGCAAGCAUUUUUGAGAAGUGUUAUCCAAUAACAGGACACCUUGCCGAGAAGAUGUUUGCCUAUACCUACAAGUAUAUAAGCUCCUUCGGUUACUGGGAUCCUGUAAAGCUAAGUGAAGGAGAUACAAUCAAACCAGUAGGAAAUUCAUCGAAUCUAAGUUAUCCUAUAAUCCAUCGGCAGUAUAUUUAUUUUUUAUCUAGUAAGGAAACUAAAGAAAAAUUUAUGAAGAAUCCAAUCAAAUAUAUCCGGCAACCUAAACCAAAGCCCACCGUGCCUAUUAGGAUUAUGAUUGUAGGGCCUCCGAAAUCUGGCAAAACCACAGUUGCCAAAAAACUUGUAAGCGAGUAUGGCUUAAGACGUUUGUCAAUGGGAGAAGCUUUGCGUGGCGUGUUAAACAACUUCCCCCACACAGAGCUGGCCCUUAUGUUAAAUUGGCAUCUUCAUAAAGGAAUGACAGCCCCCGAUGAACUGGCUAUUGAAGCCUUAGACAUUUCCAUGAUGGAAAGCACAUGUAACACUGCAGGUGUUGUCAUUGAUGGGUACCCUGUAACUGCAUAUCAAAUGAAGCUCUUAGAAAACAGAUCAAUCAUUCCCAUGAUCAUCUUUGAACUCAAUGUGCCUUCCAAGGAGAUUUUCAAAAGACUGAUCUUGGAUAGAAGGAAUGAGCAAAGCUUGCCUUAUCCAUUGCACAAUAGUGCACAGAUUAUAGCUGUCAAGAAUGCCAUGUACCACAAAAAUAUUACUGAGAUUAGGAAAUAUUACCAAAAACAGCAUCAGAACUGGUAUGUGAUUGAUGGCUUUCACAAUAAGUGGUGGGUAUGGAAUGAAGUCAUUAAGAACAUUCAGAUGGUGAAUAAACACAUGCAGACAUACAUGGAAAGAAUAAAAGAAGGAAAAGCUGCCUGCAUCAACAAGUUAUGUAUCACCCCUCAAGAGCUGGUUUCUCGCCUGGGAGAAUUUGGACAGUACUGCCCUGUCAGCCUGGGAGAAUCGAAUGAGUUAUUUGAUUGCUCUGAGACUGACUCCUUGGAAUUUGCUGCAGAAUUCAGAGGGCACUAUUAUAAAAUGAGUUCCAAGGAAAAACUAAAUAAAUUUUUGGAGAACCCGGAAUUAUACGUGCCUCCUUUAGCACCUCACCCACUCCUAUCUGAGGACAUGAUCCCCAAAAGACUGACAGUGGCGGAGCUAAAGAGUCGGUUCCCAAAGUGUGCAGAGCUCCAGGGCUACUGUCCAGUGACCUAUAAGGAUGGGAAACAAAGAUAUGAAGCCCUAGUACCUGGUACCAACGAGUAUGCUGUAGAAUAUCAAGGGCAUAUAUACAUUUGUGAGAGCGAAGAAAAACUUCAGAAAUUUUUGAGGUCACCAAUGAACUACUGGGAUCAGAAGCUUCCACAGAAACUUCCUCCAUUAAAGGAACCCAUAUCCCUUACUAGUCUUCCUUUGCCUGGAUAUCUGGAACAGGGUAUUGCAACUUCUCUAAUAAAAGCAAUGAACGCAGUGGGAUGCCUGAAGCCCAAGUUCCCUUUCUUAAGUAUAAGGAGAUCUGCACUACUCUAUAUAGCAUUUCACCUCAAAGCAUUUAAUCCCAAAAGUUCUGAAUAUAUAAGAAAAAAGUAUAAGAAGAAGAUGGAGCAGUUUAUGGAGAGAUGUGAACUCAUAACGUACCUGGGUGCCAAGAUGACCAGAAAAUACAAGGAACCUCAGUUUAGAGCCAUUGACUUUGAUCAUAAAUUACAGACCUUUCUCUCUCUCAGAAAUAUAGACCCAGUUACUGGCUAG